AUGUUAAAAAGGCCGUUGAUUAAAAGAUCAUGCUAUCUAUGUGGUCGAUACACUGAUGAACGCCUGCUUCGACGAACUACUCCGAAUAGCCAUCAUACCGUCGUGUUGCUUUCUUCCCUCGUGCUAUUCAAUGCUCUCGAUCUCGAAAAAGCGAAAAGAUGCUACGAAGCUUGUUUGAAGAUACGACAGCGUCUCUGUGAUCAACAUUAUAUCGAUGCUGCUCAAUUCAUUUCUUCGGAAAUGGCAUGUUUGGGGAUAGGCUUCACCACUUAUGUAGAUGAACCACGUGGUGUCGUUGUGUCAUAUGUGAAUGAGAAGGACGUCCCACUUCAUCUCACUGACACAAUUGACGAGAAUGCAAAAAAAUUAAACGCACGCUUGACGAUCACAGGGAGGAAAGUUAGCGAAUUCUUAAACUUUUGCCUAUCUCGAUACCAAGUAGACGGGAUACGUGCAGCCACAGGUGAUCAAGAGGAUGAUGCUGAUGUGAAAGAAUCUAUAAAAGAAGAGAUGGACAUCAAACCCGUCGCCUUAUUGUGUGGGAAGUCGAAGAGUUCUGAAUUAAUUGUUGUGGGACCAGAUCAUUCUACUGAUAGCUCAUCAGCUAAUCAGGAAACUGUUGAAAAACUUGAUGAAACGGAUCCAGAAUUGUUAAAGAAGGAUUUUACUAUCAAAGGAAAACGUCUGUUAUCAUUAUUUCGGUUUUGUCCAAAUUGCGGUACAAAGAUUCGUGCAAGAAAAGGGCAGGUAAAAUUGAUUGAGAAGGAUUCUUCACCGGUUGUAUACUAUCUUUGUAACGGUUGUCCGGGUAAACAGUGCUGGUACGGUAUUUCGAAUGUACAUUGA